GUUGUGGGUUUUUUAUUGAGAUGGGCUGUUUUUGCUGAAAACUGUCAGUCACAUCUGGCAACCCUGAAACCGAGGAGCAAUAUUUUUUUUUUCCCAGGAUCCCUCGCGUCGCCUCGUUCCGCUUCUCACUGCGGUCGUUUCAAACAUGGAGGAGCGGGAGAGGAAAGGCGUGAAGCCGCGCGGUGAACGGACCGCGUCGGGACCAGCCGGAGCGCAGCCGGUACCGGAGCCGGUACCGGAGCCGGUACCGGAGCCGGGCUCAGCGGACAGCGGGGCGGACGAGUUAAACGUCUGCUCGGAGAAGUUCGACCCGCUGCUGGCGCUGUACUCCCCCGCGGCGCCGCCGCUUCCCUUCCCCAACAUCAAGUGCUUCAACAACGUCUCGGAGUACGAGAGCUUCCUGAGGGGCGGGCCGGGCCGGGCCAAGCCGGAGAACGUGGAGAAAAGGCGGCGGGAAGCGGCCAAGGGGGUGGCCGACCCGGAGCGCAUCGAGAGGCUGCGGAAGCUGAUGGUGAACAACCCGGCGUCCGAGGAGACGCCGAGGCGACGGCGGCCUAAAGCGGCCAAAAAUGUCCUGACCAGGAUGUCCCUGUGCCAGGGCAGCCCUCUGGGGGAGCUGCACCGCUGCGUGGAGGCCAGGAUCAGAGUCAGAGUUCACAUCCGCACCUUCAAGGGGCUGCGGGGCGUGUGCUCCGGCUUCGUCGUGGCCUUCGACAAGUUCUGGAACAUGGCCAUGGUUGACGUGGACGAGACGUACAGGGAGCCUCUACUCGGCGAGGCGCUGCACCACGAGAAGGCCCUCACCGUUUCACGGCUCUUUGAGAAGCUGAGUCUUCAGGACAGCUCGGGACGCAGCGACCCGGUGGAGAAGCGGGACGCCAGAGACAAACCCAGCGAGGGACAGGCUGACGACCCCAAAUCCGCGGGGACGAGGGAGGACAGCAGGAGGGCAGGACCCGGGCUGUCGGAGAAGGGCGGGGUCUCAGGGAAGGAGCGGGACCCGGCGGCCAAUCAGAAGACGUACGGGAAGGUGCGCUCGCGCCACAUCAACCAGCUCUUUGUCCGUGGUGAAAACGUCAUCCUGGUGAACCCACAGCCCCUCUGAUGCUUUCGGCUUCCUCUGAAUCAGCCCAGAUCAGCAAUGCCGCUGUAGCCGUCAUCGCAAUGCGAUUAGAUUCAGACGAAUCGAGCACCAGCUGUUAUAUCAUAUUGAUACGAUCCACCACAGGGACGGUCCUUUUUUAUUAUUAUUAUUAUUAUUAUUAUUGAGAAAUAAAAGCUUCCUAAUUGUGA